AUGUCAGAUAGCAACAGAGAGCCGGGUAAUCCCACGACUCGCGGCGUUGCGAGGGGUGCAAGACCAGCAGCAACACAUAUUGUAUCGCCGCCGGGUUCAAGAACACCCCCAAGCAUGCCAGCGAAAACUACCCUUUUCUUCCCCGAGCCGACGGGUGCACAACACACCGGCCGAAAUAGCUCCGGCGCAAUCGAUCCAAAUGCGUUGACAAAAGCGCUGAGAGAUUUUGAGGACGCUGGGCGCUCCCGUGAAAGGACGCCGGGUGCUAGCCCCAGUCGAAAGCGACAGAGGGUUUAUGGCGAUCGAUUUAUACCGAAUCGGGAAGGUCAAGAUCUUCAAGCUACCUACAGUCUACUCCACGAGGACGGCUGUCCUUCAACACCAUCAAAAACCAAAAAGCGAACUCCUCACUCCGAACUUCAUUUCCAAAAGACGGAAGAAGCAAACAGAACGUACUCGAGGGUCCUGCGCAGCGAGCUAUUCGGAAAUACAGUUCCUCAAGCCGACCUGGACUCGAUAUCUCCUGACCCUGUCCGCGCUUUUGCAUCUGGGAUUAAUGAUAAAACUCGCUCUCAUACCCCACCUUCACAUGUUAUAUCGUCCCUCCCACCCGCCAGUAUCACCCCUUCCACCCCUCAUAAAAACCUAUUUAAUUACGGCUCACCACGAGCCGGAUCAGCUCACCCCACACCGUCCAAGACCCCGCGCAGCCAACAUGGCCCUAAUCUCAAUGUUCGCUCAGAACUCUACAGCUUAUCCCCUAUUCGACAAGACAGCCAUAGGAUACUUGAAACACCGCGCAAACAACCGCGAUAUGUGAACAAAGUACCGUACAAAGUUCUCGAUGCGCCAGAUUUACAGGACGAUUUCUACCUGAAUCUGGUCGAUUGGGGGAGCAGUAACGUUUUGGGUGUCGGCUUGGGAAACUCAGUUUACAUGUGGAAUUCACAAUCGGGUAACGUAACAAAGCUCUGUACGCUGAAGGACGACACAGUAACCAGUGUCAGCUGGAUCCAAAGGGGUACUCAUCUUGCUAUUGGCACGGGGAAGGGUCUCGUACAGAUAUGGGAUGCCGAGCGCUGUCGCCGCCUACGUACCAUGAUUGGGCAUACUAAUCGAGUAGGCGCACUCGCUUGGAAUGAUCAUAUCCUUACCUCUGGCUCUCGAGAUCGCCAUAUCUUUCAUCGCGACGUCCGGUCCCCAGAUCAGUAUCUUCGUCGGCUUUCCGGCCAUAAGCAGGAGGUGUGUGGGCUCAGGUGGAACACAGAGGAUGGCCAACUAGCAUCGGGUGGCAACGACAAUAAGCUCAUGGUUUGGGACAAAUUGAACGAGACGCCUCUCUACCGUUUCUCUGACCAUACUGCCGCCGUGAAGGCUAUCGCAUGGUCUCCCCAUCAACACCAUGUCCUGGCCUCUGGAGGAGGUACAGCCGAUCGAACUAUCAAGUUUUGGAACACAUCUACCGGAGCUCUGGUCAGGGAAGUUGACACUGGUAGCCAAGUUUGUAACCUGGCAUGGUCGAAGAAUUCCGAUGAAAUCAUCAGUACUCACGGUUAUAGCCAGAACCAGAUUGUCAUCUGGAAAUAUCCUCGCAUGGAGCAAAUUGUGUCGCUAACGGGCCAUACAUUCCGUGUGCUCUAUUUAGCCAUGAGCCCCGACGGCCAAACAGUGGUUACUGGUGCCGGUGAUGAGACCCUACGGUUCUGGAAGAUAUUCAAUAAACGACCUGGCAGGGAUAAUGGCCGUGAAGGUAGCAAAUUGGCGGAAUGGGGUACGAUUCGGUAA